GUACGAUUAUUGUAGAGCGGCAUAUUACAUAACUUACUCCUAUAUAUAAACGACCUCGAUACCGAUAUUAUUUUAUUUCGAAUUUUGAUAACAAGCGUGUUUCGUUGUGCGGUUAUGAGAGAGAGAGAGAGAACAGCACUGUGAGCUGUGCGACGGAAGACAAGGAACGGUGAAGUGUUGCGCUCGGGGUGUUAAGUGAGUACGAGCAUCCGAACUACGAGAGACUUCAACGCACGUAUAGAAGAUAACGGUGGGAUAUAAAGGGAACAACUCGAGGACGACGUUAAGGGUUGGAAUCACGUUUGCAGAAAGGAAAGAGAACGGUGACACAGACGCCUCGUCCAAAUCGGCGAGGUGUUGUCCGAGGUGGAGGAGGGCGUCGGGAGGAGAGGGUUGGAAGGAGGGUGGCGUGCUAUGAUCAGCAUGGAGCUUCCGGCCCACGCGACGCAGCAUGGUGCUCUUCACCUGGGGGUCGGGGUCGCGGUGAAUCCAGGUGAUCCAGCCGGAAGUACUCUAGCCGCCAUUCAUCCGCAUCCCCAGGAUCCCUUAGCCCUCCACCAUCACAAUCACGCUGCCGCGACACCCGGAGGUAUGCAUGAGGACUCCAAGAAAAAACAUGACGGUGGCCAUGGAAUGAAUCAAGACGGCCACGGUGGAGUUAACCAGCUUGGUGGUGUCUUCGUGAAUGGGAGGCCCUUACCGGAUGUAGUAAGGCAAAGGAUCGUCGAACUAGCGCAUAGUGGUGUCCGACCGUGCGACAUUUCGAGACAACUCAGGGUAUCUCACGGCUGUGUAUCCAAGAUAUUGUCAAGGUAUUACGAAACCGGUAGCUUCAAAGCCGGCGUGAUAGGUGGUUCCAAACCUAAAGUAGCAACGCCACCGGUUGUCGAUGCGAUCGCGAAUUACAAGAGGGACAAUCCGACGAUGUUUGCUUGGGAGAUUCGAGACAGGUUGCUGGCAGAAGGGAUUUGUUCGCAGGACAACGUACCCUCUGUCUCGUCUAUCAAUCGAAUCGUGAGAAACAAGGCGGCAGAGAAGGCGAAGCACGCGCAUCAGCAACAGCAGGCGCAGCAGCAGCAAGGUCAGCAACAAGGUCAGCCAGGAUCAGGUGGUUCCGUGUCGGUGAUAGCCCAUGCACCUGCCACACCGGCGGGUCAUCCUGCGGCCGCCGCUCCCAAUGCCUACAGCAUCAGUGGCAUCCUCGGAAUCCCCGCACACCAUCAGGAUCCAAACGGCAAUAGCAUCAAGAGAAAGCGAGCCGAUGACGACGACAAUCGUGACUUGGGCGACCAUCCGGAGGACGACUUGAAGAGACAGCGAAGUAACUACAACGGCGACCAACUCUACUCGAACCUGUGGUCGAGUAAAUGGAGCAUCAAGGACGAGCACAAGCUCUUGAACGAGCUCGGAGGAGGCGGCGGAGGAGGCGGUGGAGGCGGUGGCGGUGGUGGCGGCGGUGGCGGUGGAGGAGGUGGUGGAGGCGGUGGCGGUGGCGGAGGUGGUGGCGGAGGUGGCGGAGGUGCAGGAGGCGGUGGUGCCUACUACGAACAUGCCGGAUUCCCCGGGAACGCGAUUGCCACCUCCGCCGAGCUCUACGACUCCCUGGGCACCAUCAGUACGAUGACGCAAGCGCAAACGCCACAUCUCUAUACCCCGCCCAUAGGGGGCACCAUAGCAGGUGGUACUUUGACGCCGCUCGCUCCACUGACGAUGCAAGCAUUGGACGGGGCUAACAUGUCUCCUUACCACGCCACCGCAGAGAGCGGUACCGUCGCAGUCUCGUACGUAGGGGUUGGGGCCGGCGGGGGCGAGCAGAGUCCACCGAUUUCCUUGCAGAACGAGACGAACGCCACCCCCGCGGCCCCCAACACCCCGGGAGGGGAUCCCGGACUCACGGUCUUGCAGCCGCCAGUUUCUCAGCCUCAGGUAGCCUCUGCGAUACCACCGUACUCGACGAUGCUUCCAAGUUUCGGACAUUACGCCACCGGUGGUGGCGACUACGCGUACAGCGCUGCGUAUUCUCAAUAUUCGAGUGCACCGUACAGUGGAUAUGGCUAUGGAGCAGCGACAAGCGGGUUGCUCAAUUCCACGUACUACUACUGCAACGGGGAUACGCUGGCGUCUUCCCAAAACAAUUCGCAAGCGGGCGGCGCGUGUAACAACGGUGGCGGAGGAGGUGGUGGUGGUGGUGGCGGUGGAGGUGGAGGAGGUGGAGGAGGAGGAGCAGAGAGCAGUACGGACGUGGCUAGUCGUUCGCCUCUAGCAGCCACCAGAGCAAGUAGCGGUGCGAGUGCGGCAUCACCGACCGGUAGCGCCUGUACCAAACCAGAUCAUGCCUCCACACCGACCGACCUUUACUUGGCUUGAUCGGUAAACGCGUCACGUGAUUCCUCUGUGUAAGGACCGAUCGGUAAUAACGGACGCCAUAUCAUUGGGAAAACUCACAGAAAACCGUCUUAGCGACAUCUAUGAUCUCCUCCACGAGUUUUCACGGCGAGAACGACGAACGAGGGAUAUGGAAUAGGGAUGAGGGACGAGGGAUUAGGGGACGAGAGAAAGGGGAUAUUAAACGGGAGAGAAAGAAGGCUCGAAUCAAACAAUUCGUUUCAAAAAUAAUUUCGCAAAGGGAGAGGACAAAAUAGGAAAGAUGUUCCUUUUCGUCUCUCUCGCGCUCUCGCUCCCUCUCUCUCUCUCUCUCUCUUUUUCUCUUUCUCUCUUUCUUUCUCUUUCUCUCUUUCUUUCUCUUUCUCUCUCUCUCUCUUUCUUUCUUUCUCUCUUUCUCUCUAUCUCUAUAUCUCUAUAUCUCUUCUCCCUCUCUCGCCCUUGCCUCUUGCGUCCUCGUUUCUUCUCGCACGUUGAAUCACAUCCGGCCGGAAAUAAAAAAAUACGCGUUCGAGUCCAAGGACCGUCUCUGGUAGUUUAUUUAUUUCGUUAUACGAAGAAGAGGAUGGAGAAGGAGAAGAAGAAAAAGGAGGAACAGGAAGAAAGCAAUCUUGGUAAAGAAAAGAGAAAAAGGGAAAUGAUUAACAUUAAUCGUGAGCGCGAGACUGUCUUCUAAAAACGUGAAACCGCGACGAGAAGAGGAAAAAGAAGAAGAAAAAGAAGAAGAAGAAGAAAAAGAUGAUGAUGAUGAACGAGGAGGAGAAACAGAAGAAGAAGAAGAAGAAGAAGGAGAAAGAGAAAAAAAAGAGAAAGGAGAAUAAGGAUCUUCGCAAAACCGAGAGAGAAGCGUUAGCUAUUUUCUCCGUUAGACGCGCGCAGCCGUAGAUAGUUUAAUUAUAACGAUCCCCCUCACACGUUUAGCGUAAUUGUGGCGCGUGACGCCCGCUGAUUGGCCGAACGACAACGCAUACGUCAUCGCAUUAAUUCUUCAGCGCGACGGAUAUUCGAGUUCGAAAAUUUCCCGCUUGCCGUCGGCCAAUCAGCGACAUCGGUGCGGGUGCGUCGUCACGCGUGCGUACGACGUUGCUCGCGAACGCUUAUCCUCGUGCCAUCUGUUAACUCGAAUCACGAACUACGACUGGAACGAGCUCGUGUCGGUAACGAGGAGAUAACGUUCGCGAGCGACCUUUCGUUGAAAUUUUACGAACGCGAACGAAUGGUGUCCUUAUUCGAUCUCAAAGGUAAUGACGUGUGUGUAUAUAUAUAUAUGUGUGUGUAUGUGUAUGUAUAUAUACGAAAUAAAUGCAACAAAGAAGAAGCAAGAAAGAAUGACAAAAAAAAGAGAGAAAGAAAAAGAAAAGGCGCAAUUAAAAUGACGACAAAUUCAAAAAUAGAUUUAUUAUUCGCGUAUGCGACGUUAUACGUAUGUACGUAUAUACGUGCAACGAUAACGAAAAAAAUAUCGUAAGACGUCGUUCGAAAAAGCAAUAGAAUACGGACACCAUUUUAUCGAAAACUAUACCUAUGUAAGUAAGAGGGAAGGAGAAGACGAAGAAAAGAAAAAACGUUGGUAGUCGUGCGAGAGAUACCACGUAUUCCCGUCCCAUUACCUAUCCCUAUUCCUUCUAUCCCACCAAUCCCUAUCUCUCUUUCUUGAAAUCCUGAAAAAUGAAAAAAUCCCCGCCCAACGAUAUAUAAAGGUAUAGAAAAGUAAUCGAUAAGUUUAUUGAGAUUUUUAAAUCGGAAGUCGACGUAACGCGCGAUCGCUACUGUUAAGGAUAUUAUAUAUAUUUUUUGUAGAAACCAAAGACCACACACGCGGAUCGUCGAAGGAACGAAUUAACGUCGUUCAAAAAAUGGCGCGUUUAACGUCGCGCGCGCGCUCACCCGGAGACAUUUAUUCAAAUAUCGUGCGACUAUAUAAUAUGUACGUGUAUAUUCAGUGAUGUUCUCUCUCGUGUUCUUUAUUUUCUGUAUUAUGUUUAUUUUAUUUUAUUUUAUUUUAUUUUUUCUUUUCUUUUAUAUAUAUAUAUUUUUUUCUUUCCUUUUUUAAGAAAAACAUGUAUAUAAGAGUAGCCGCGUACGUUUCCCGCCUCGAACAACGCACACAGAAUCGACAGAUUUUCGUUUUGUUUUUCAAUAUCUGAAAGGUAAUAAUUAGUCUGUCAGGUUGAUAAAAUAUUUCUUAUUAUUUUUUUUUCUCUUUUUCUAAUCUUUCUCGUUAUUCUAUAAAAUAUUUCAAAAUGGCGGAACGAAAGUACGAGCUUGUAACGUCGUCGAUGUUUAAGAGAAACGUUUCUUUCUUUCGUUGUUUAUUUUUAUUACUUUUCGUUCUUUUUCUUUUUCUUUUUUCAUUUUCCUAUUUUUUUUUUCUUCUUCUUUUUUCUCUUCUUUUAUCGAGCCACCGAUAAAAUUUAUUUUCGAGAACAGACGUCUAAUUGCGAAAAAGGGAAGAAUGUCAGAUCGCUAUCUCUAUGUAACUUAUUAAUUAAUAAUAAUUGCACACGUAUGUGUAUAUAUAUACGUAUAUAUAUAUAUAUAUAUAUAUAUAUAUAUAUAUAUAUAUAUAUAUGUAUAUAUAUAUAUUCGUUGCGCGCUCGUUGUUAUACGUUCCGUUUCGAUUACUUUAAAACGAGGAAGUCGCUUGUCGCUUCCGCGAUUUCGUUGGCCGUAACGAGCGAGCCAAUUACGGACACACUCGUAAUUAAUGGCUAACGUUAUGUUAAUGGUUAACGUUAACGAAGGAAGAGAUCGCACGCGUACACACAUACUUACACGUUCGUGGAUUGCUAUGCUUAAUUAGUAUACAGUUGAGAGUUUACCUCGAUAUUCGAGACGCAUCUUUGACGGACUUUACAUGGUUAAAAGAGAAUAAGUUAAAGAAAAGAAUAGAAAAAAAAGAAAGAAAGAAAAAGAGAGAGAGAGAGAGAGAGAAGGAAAAAAGAACAUAUCCUGUAAAAUUUAACGAACAAGCCUACGAACUAUUUUCAAAGCGUUCGAUCGAUAUAAAUUUAUCAAUUUGUCGAGUCGGACUUUUUCAAAAGGAACACAUAUGCAUACAUACCUUUAAAAAUAAUUCCAAAAUCUUUACGUAGAUAUCUCGCGUUCAAAUUUGUUUCAAUCGUGACGAUCGUUACGAUCGGCGAAGAUGCGCUAUCACAAUGAGAGGUUAUGCUCGGACGUUGAAAAGGAAAAUAAUAAUACAAAGGAAAAAAAAAAAGAAAGAAAGAAAGAAAGGAAAAUAAUAAUGCUUGAAAAGAUAAUUUAAAAGAAUAAAAUAAUUACAAAAAAAUAAAAAGAAAAUUAUCAUUGCAGAAGAAAUACAAAAGAAAAUGAAUAACACACAAUUCGACGUAAUUCUCAAUUCAAUAAUCAUUUCACUCACUUUUCACAUUGAUAUAUCGGUGAAAGGACAAAGAAACGAAUCGGUCCAAUCAAUUCGGCCCACUAACGUACGUAAGUAAACACGUGCGAUAACGAACAACCGACAUUUUCGAGCUUCUUUCGCGACUUUUGAAAUAAAUCUAACGUACAAACGAGUGAGAUAGACGAAACGCUAUGAAACUGUCUCCAACUUAUCUCCACCAAUCAGACGCGGUAUUUUUGAAAACGAACAACGUAUCCUAUUCAACAAUAAUUUCGAUCGUUGUCACUUCGGUGAUCGAUGAAUACUUAAGUGUUUAUUAUAAAGAGAAAAUUAACGAUUGAUACAAUUAAAAAAAAUAUAUAUAUAUAUAUAAAACGAGCAUCGGUCGAAGUACGUAAGAAAUAAAAAAUAAUUACUUGGAUAAAGAUUAUCUUCUUCGCGAAUUCGAUCGUCUUUUGUUAUACUUAUUUGUUCAUCGCGGUAUUGAUUUACCGACGAUACGAAACACGAAACAACCGAAAAGAAAAAAAAAAGAAAAGAAAAAAAAAGAAAACGACGAUAGGAAGCGACGAAAGAAGUUCGAAAAGGCGCUUAGAUGUUAUUCGAUCAUUUGAAAUAUUCACGUGGCUUCGGCGUCCCCUUUCGAGCAAGAGAACGACAAUGGCGACUGUCGGUGGCCGCUAGAGUGCAUGACGAUCGUUGUACGUGAUCGUGUUCUCACGUUAUUGAGAGAGAGAGAGAGAGAGAGAGAGAGAGAGAGAGAGAGAGAGAGAGAGAGAGAGAGAGAGAGAGAGAGAGAGAGAGAAG